AUGUGGGACCCUGUGAUGAUGUUUGAAGCUCCCGUAGUUCGUGUUGAGGCUCAACCUACUGUGUCCUCUAAUAUUCAAGCUGAAGGAAGGAGAGCUGAUAAGCUGUUCAUUUGGACAGAUUGUGAUCGAGAAGGAGAGAACAUUGGCUGGGAAAUAUCUCAAAUUGUCAAGGCCGCUAACCGUAACUUGGGAGACAGAGAUAUUAAACGGGCUAUAUUCAAUAACACAGAUCCAGAUCAUUUACGGCAGGCUACAUUAAGACCAGCUAAUCUGGAUUUGAGACAGGCCGAUGCAGUCUCAGGAAGGUCGGAAUUUGAUUUAAGAACUGGUGUAGCUUACACGAGAUUCUUAACACUGACAUUAAAAUCAAAUGUUCCAGCUUUGAAGGAAGAGAAAGCGAUAAGUUAUGGAUCCUGCCAGUUUCCAACGCUGGGAUUUGUCGUUGAUAGAUAUAAACGGGUCAAGGAUUUUAAACCAGAGCCUUUCUGGUAUAUCGAUAUUAAAGUCAAGAAAGGAAGAAAGCCUGUAGUUUUUUCAUGGGAAAGAGGAAGACUGUUUGACAGACUGGCUACGACAGUCAUCUUUGAGCAGUGUCUUAACAGGUCUUCUACUGCAACAGUGGUCAAAGUCAAUAGCAAACCAGCUACAAAAUACAGGCCCUUACCACUGACAACAAUAGAAUUACAAAAGCAAGGUGCAAGAUGGCUUAAAAUGAGCUCGAAAAAGAUCAUGGACGUAAGUUUAAAUGUUAAUAGGUUAAACUUGUCAUGUUCUAACUAA